AGCAACAAACACAGAUAUUAUUUGGCUUUACUAAAUAAACAAUACUCACUUGUUUUGUUUUAUUUCGCUAUCCUAAACCAAAGAAUCCCUCCCAAAUUCUCUCGCAAGUUCCAAUGGCACUUUCCGUUUCCGCGUCUUCCACAAUCGCUUCUCUCAACUCCUCCGAAGCCUCCACGCGUUUCGCACCUGCUUCUUCUUCCUUUUCCUCUGCUUCCGCAAAGCUAUCCUCGCUUCAAUUUCCCCUUCGCUCUCGCUUUCUUCGAAUCGGAACUGCUUCCUCUCCCUCUCGCCGCCGUCGAAUCCUUCCUCUGGUUGAAGCAAAGAAACAAACAUUUUCUUCAUUUGACGAGUUGCUAGCUAAUGCUGAGAAGCCUGUUUUGGUUGACUUCUAUGCUACCUGGUGCGGUCCUUGUCAAUUCAUGGUUCCCAUUCUUGAUGAAGUCAGCACUCGCCUUAAGGAUAAGAUACAGGUAGUCAAGAUUGAUACUGAGAAGUACACCGCCAUAGCCGACAAAUACAGGAUUGAGGCCCUGCCAACCUUCAUCAUCUUCAAGGAUGGAGAGCCCUUCGACCGAUUUGAGGGAGCAAUGAGUGCAGAUCAGCUCAUUGAACGCGUAGAAACUGGUCUCAAAGUCAAGCAAUAAACCUAGCAAGUCUUUUGUUGUUCACCCUAUCACUUUUAAUUGUAUAGUUUAAUUAAAGCUGCACUUUCUGGAAAUUGCAUCUCUACAUUAUCCUUUUCCUCUAAAAUUUCGUAUUACUUUUAACAUUUUCAGGUGUAAUGAAACCGCAAAGAAUUCUUUCUGUUGGAAUGUUGGAUGUCAUAGGUGAAUAUAUUGGAAGACUAAACUAUUACGUCACUUUUUAUUGAUAAUUUUGUAUCUCAAAUUGCUAAGGAACUUGACACCCCCCCCCCCUUUUUUUUUCCUUCUCUUCUUUUCGGUUCUGUUCUCUCAACAG